AGCUCGUCCCCCACCAAGGCCAUGAAAUUUUGGUUGGCCAUGACUCGAUUGGAGCUCUACCUAUGUCGACUGCGAGGAGGCAGCCUCCAAGUUUUCUCCCAUAUUUUGCUGAUCGCGUAGCUACCCGUCCCAUUUACCAGUCGAUCUGUAAUUUACGAUGACAGGCCGGCGACCCACCCGCAGCACCCGCGGCGGCGCCGCGUCCAACGCCGGCGCGUCUCAAUCCCAAGCAACCGACCCGACCACCGCCGCCGCCGAUGCAGCAGCAGGUUCCGCUCCUCCCCGCGGUGCCGCCACACGGUCGGCAGCGGCGGGCACAGCAGGCCGGGGCCGGGGUGGCACAGCAGCAACAGCAGCAGCAGCCAGCAGCAGGGCCGGGGCGACCAAGUUCCGGCCCAAGGGCAACCGGCGCACCGAGUCGGAGCGCGAGCGGAUAGCGCAGGAGCAACAGCGGAUCCAGAGCAAGAAGAUGGCCGAGGACGCGAGGCAGCGGUCGCGCGGCCGGUUCCGGCGGGCCGGGCGCGCACGCGGCGGCUUCAGGGACAGGGACCCCCGGUUCGCGACCGCCAGCGGGCCGCUGUCGUCGGGGAUGGGGGCGGGGCCUGCAGGCAGCUUUGGCGCUGGCGGUUCGGGCUUCCGUGGAGGCGGUGGUGCCGGGGGCGGGGCGGGCUUCAGGGGCAAGGCUGGGGUCUCGAGAGGGAUUAGCAACAAGUAUAGCUUCGCCGAGGGGAUAGCGGACGACAACAGGAUCAACGCCGAUGAGCUCCGUGGGCGAGCGGGCGACUCCGAUGAGGACGAUAAUGGCGCAAAAAUCACCUCCACGGCGCGGAGGAGGAGGCCUAUUAUGCCUGUUGGCAUCGAAAGGGUGGAGUACCAAGAUAAGGGGGUCACAGUGGCCACGGCUGCAGAUAUCGAGGGCGAAGAGAAAGGCCUGGUGAAGAAGGAAGAAGGUUCAGAGUCGGAGGAGAUGUGGAUUGAUGGCCCGGUUGUGAAAGACGGAGAGGGUGUCGAGAUGGAGAAGGACGAGGGCGUAUGGGCGCAUGCGGCCCCCAAACCACAUGGCAAGGUCAAGAUCAAGAAAGAAGACGGCGAGAUGAUCGAAACGAUGGAUAUCGACGAAAUUGCCGCCCACGGACAGAUAAAGGAACCUCUGUCUCCCGAGGCAAAGAAAGCGGCCAUAGCUUCCGAUUUAGAAGCCGAGCAAAAGAGGCGCAAAGCCGCACCACGCGAUCCGGAAGAGGAGACGCUCUCCCAAGAUCUCGAGCAGCUCCUCAGCCUUCUCGCUCUCGAGCCCGAGGGCGAGGGUAUCCAGCCGCGAAGCGCGCUCGAGGGCAACAUGUUCCUCUUUCAAUUUCCUCCGGUACUGCCGCCUCUCAAGAAGUCAACGACGUUCGGGUCUAAGGAUACCGUCAAGGAUGAGCCAAACGACGAUGUCGUCAUGUUCGACCAGUCAGUAAAUGGGACGCCGGGAAACGUCGACCUGACAGCCGAGGACGCCGAGAAAGUGAAGAGGGAAGAAGGCGAUGAAGAAGGUCUAGAAGACGGGGACAACUCGUCUGAUCCGUAUCAGGAAGGGGGCUACGUGGGCAAGCUUGUGAUGCGCAAGUCGGGCAAAGUCGAGCUCAGCUGGGGAGGACAGACACUGGAGCUGGUCUCGGGUGCUCCAGCCCAGUUCCUCACAUCUGCGGUAUUGCUCGAGGAGACCGACUCAAAGGCCAAACCAGGUCAAAUUGCCGGUACAGCGUACGGAAUGGGCAAGAUCGAGGGCAAAUUCGUCCUGGCGCCGAAAUGGGGUGACGAGGAGGAGUGGGAGGUUGAUCCGGACGACUUGCCACCAGGCGAUGCGCCCGUCUUAUAGUCGACACUCACGCCUAGUGAG